CUAAAAUAAGCACCAUGCCUGGACUCAUUAACAAGGAGAACCGGAGCGCUCUGCCCCUUAGUGUCUCUGACAUCACUUCCUGUGUCAGGGGUUAUACUUUGGCCCUGACAGCCUCUAUGACCUACGAAAAUAUCGAGGACCAUGCAAUUGAGGGGAUGUUCAUUUAUCCGCUGGAGGAAAAUUCCAUUGUUGUGGGGUUCGAGUCUAUGAUAUCCAGUCAGAUUAUAACACUGCAAAUCAAAGACAAGGCAAAAAUUGAUGACUGUUAUUUGGAUUGCUGCAACACAUCUAAUGGAGGCCUCCAGAGUGGCAGUGGACACAUAGUGUUGGAUGAGGAUUUGGAAAGGACAGUGUUAGUUGUUAACCUUGGGAUCAUCCCUCCUAUGGAGACGGUCCAUAUUCUAGUUAGUACUUCUUCUGAGCUCUCCACCCUGCCCAGCGGCGGUAUAAGGGUCUCAUCUCCACCUGUGUGUACACCCCGGGUACAGAGGACCAUCAACGAGGAGCAGGGACUAUCUCCAAACUUCUCCAGAACGCGGGACAGGCUCACUUGUGCCUCAAGUCCUCAUGAUCAAACUCCCAACUCCCCUCAGCUGUGGUUGGCUUCACUACUGGAGGAGGAGGCCAUCAACUCCAUGGACUAUGAGUUUAACUUCCAGCUGGAGAUUCGGGCUCCCUAUCUCCUCGCAGGUGUAGAGAGCCCGUCUCAUGCUAUCCGAGCUGAUGCAGACCCUCUGGCCCGCUCUGCCACCAGCGUCGUCAUCACUCUGGCAGACAAGUACACUUAUGACUGUCCUGUCGAAAUCCUCAUCUACCCGAGCGAGCCACAUGUACCACAUGUGCUCAUUGAGAAUGGAGACAUGAUGCAGGAGGAGUACGAUGAGUAUCUUCACGGCCGGAGCGAUUUCAUCAAGGCUACCAAGAAGGACUCCAGCAAUGAGAGGAAAGUAGAUAUCAUUCACAGACGACUCCAUAAGGACAUCCUCCACAACCCUGUGGUCAUGUUGAACUUUUGCCCUGACCUCAAGUCUAUCAGCUCAGACCUGAGGAAGGUUCACGGCGAGUUUAUCUUCCUCAUCGACCGCAGUGGUAGCAUGAGUGGGGUUAACAUCAACCGUGUGAAGGAUGCCAUGGUGGUGAUUCUCAAGAGCCUUGUGCCAGGCUGCCUUUUUAACAUCAUAGGCUUCGGCUCUACAUUCAAAUCACUUUUCACAACCAGCCAGAACUAUGACGAGGAAGCCCUGGUCCUGGCUUGUGAGUAUGUUAGGAAGAUCAGAGCCGACAUGGGGGGGACCAACAUCCUAGCACCGCUCAACUGGAUCUUGAGGCAGCCGAUGUUCAACGGACACCCACGCCUACUCUUCCUGCUCACCGACGGGGCCGUCAGCAACACAGGCAAGGUUAUCGAGCUGGUCCGCAGCCAUGCACGCUACAUCAGAUGUUUUACAUAUGGCAUAGGACAGAAUGCCUGCAGGAGGCUGGUGAAGGGACUGGCAACUGUUUCCAAAGGAACAGCAGAGUUCCUGGCCGAAGGAGAGAGGCUGCAACCCAAGAUGAUAAAGUCCCUAAAGAAAACCAUGUCUCCAGUACUCAGUGAUAUUUCCAUCGAAUGGCUCUUUCCUGAGACCAAAGAAGUGCUGCUGUCCCCUGUGGGCAACACCUUCCUGUUUCCAGGGGACAGUCUGAUUGGUUACUGUGUGGUUUGUGACACCACCCGCUACCAUGCCAACCCCAAAUCUGAUAAGAGGAGGCGAUACAGCAUGAUGCGCUCCAUUGAAUCAGCCAGCUCUGUUCACUCUCAAGAAGAGGACCCAGUGAAGACAGGUGUCGACAGUCAGGGAUCCUACAGGGAAGCACUCACUGGCCCGUAUGACUUCUACCAGGACACCAUGAUAGACAGCAGCCCUGCCACCACAGAGCAAGACACCAUGG